UCUACUCUACUCUACUUUACUCUUCCCCCAGUCCCAGCGCCUGGACAGAGCAGUGUGCAGUAACACUGUCCACACUUCCUGACUUCACUGUCGUUGUUGUCCCUCUGAGCGAUGGAGGACAGACCUCUACAGGUGCUUCACCUGGAAACCGUGCCGUAUCCUGACCAGAGGCCCAGCACCGGCGGCCUCAGGAAAAACGUCCGUGUUUUCCAGUAUAAAAGGAACUACCUACAAAACUUCAUCCAGAGUAUCUUCUCCUCCAUCGACCUGCGAGAACGUCAAGGCUGCACCAUGGUGGUGGGAGGAGACGGGCGUUACUUCAAUACCACCGCCAUCCAGGUCAUAGUGCAGAUGGCUGCGGCCAACGGGGUCGGCCGUCUGCUGAUUGGUCAGAACGGCAUCAUGUCCACGCCGGCUGUGUCGAGCGUCAUCAGGAAAUUCAAAGCGAUCGGUGGGUUUGUUCUCACCGCCAGUCACAACCCUGGAGGACCAGAUGGAGAAUUUGGCAUCAAGUUCAACAUUGCUAAUGGAGGGCCUGCACCCACGGCUGUGACAGAUAAAAUCUUCCAGAUAAGCCGAAGUCUAGAGGAGUUCGCCAUCUGCCCUGAACUCACGGUGGACCUGACAACACUCGGCAAGCAGAGUUUCGACCUGGAGAAUAAAUUCAAACCCUUUACAGUUGAGAUCGUGGACCCGGUGGAAUCCUACGCCAACAUGCUGAGGAACAUCUUUGACUUUGCAGCACUGAAGGAGCUUCUGUCAGGCCAGAAUCACAUACGCAUCCGUUUAGACGCCAUGAACGGAGCGAUUGGCCCGUAUGUGAAAAAGAUCCUGUGUGAAGAACUGGGUUCUCCUGCCAACUCGGCCAUUAACUGCAUCCCUCAGGAGGACUUCGGCGGUCGGCUUCCAGAUCCGAACCUGAGCAACGCCGCAGACCUGCUGGAGACCAUGAAGAGCGGCCAGUUUGACUUUGGAGCUGCGUUCGAUGGUGACGGUGACCGUAACAUGAUCUUGGGUAAAAACGGCUUUUUCAUCAACCCCUCGGAUUCGGUCGCUGUUAUUGCGGCAAACAUCUUCUGCAUCCCUUACUUUCAGCACAUGGGGGUGAGAGGCUUCGCCAGGACAAUGUCCAGCAGCGCGGCACUCGACAAUGUGGCGAAAGCAACCAAGAUUCAACUGUAUGAAACUCCGACUGGGUGGAAGUUCUUCGGAAAGCUGAUGGACGCCGGUCGCCUUUCGCUGUGUGGAGAGGAGAGCUUCGGCACAGGUGCGGAUCAUAUCCGUGAGAAGGACGGGCUGUGGGCCGUGCUCGCCUGGCUCUCCGUUCUCGCUUUUAGAAAACAGAGUGUUGAGGAAGUCAUGAUAGAUCACUGGAAAACCUACGGCAGGAACUUCUAUACCAGGUACGACUACGAGGACGUGGAGAUCGACGUCGCAGUGGACCUGAUGCUGGAUCUGGAGGUGAUCAUCACAGACAAGACGUUUGUGGGACAGAGGUUCACGGUAGGAGAGAAAACCUACGAAGUGGAGAAAGCAGAUAACUUUGAGUACAGCGACCCUGUAGACGGAAGCGUCACACGGAACCAGGGACUGCGGAUCCUCUUUAAAGGUGGCUCUCGGAUUAUUUUCCGUCUCAGUGGAACCGCGUCAGGAGCCACGAUACACCUCUACGUGGACGGCUACGAGGGAGACGAAAACCAGCUAUUACAGGACCCACAGCUGAAGUUAGCUGACCUGCUGAACAUCGCGCUCAACUUGUCUCAGCUGUGUGAGAGGACAAAGAGAUCCGCUCCUACUCUCAUUACAUAAUUAUAUAUCUGUGGAUUUAUUUUUUUUGUCUAACUUUUUUU